CCCUCUCGCUCCGUCUCUGGUUUUCUGGUCAGUCGUCUGAUGCUGGAGUCGGAGUCACGUCUCUGUGGAUAAUCUCAUCGAGCUGUCUUCUGAAUACAUCGAUAUGAAGGCGCUAACGGGGCUGCUGCUGUUGGUCUUUGGUCACGGUGUGUCCUCAGUGCUUCACUCUCUGCAUUAUUUCUACACGGGGUCGUCUGGACUCACAACCUUCCCAGAGUUUGUUUCUGUUGCGAUGGUGGAUGGAGUUCAGAUUGACUACUAUGACAGCAACACCGAGAGAGAGGUCCUCAAACAGGACUGGAUGGAGCUGGUCACCAGAGAUGACCCGGACUACAUGGAGAGGAACACUGGAAGCUAUCAGGGUGCCCAGCAGGCCUUCAAAGCCAACAUUGGGAUUGCCAAGCAGCGCUUUAACCAGACAGGAGAUGCCCCACCCAGACGCAGCACAGUGGACGUGGUCUCCCUUCAGCGUCAGCUUUUGGAGGAAGUUAGAAUGCUGAGGCGUACUCAGGAGCAACUCGUGCAGGUGGAGAGGGAAAAGCUGCUCGUCGAGAGGGAGAAGCUUCGCCUUGCCCAAGCCAAGUCUGAUUAAAAAAAAAAAUGAAUGUUGAACCUAGAAUAAAACAGCAAUCACUCAGAGGUU